GGUAUAUAAACUCAGAUGUAAGAAACAUUGUUAUACAAUUUGACAAUAAAUCCGACUACACUGUUCAAGACAAACUGAAACUGUUUAAAGGUACAAAUAUGGCAAUUCCUGGAGGACCGAUGGAAAUUUGUUUUUCUUUUGACACAACUGGCUCGAUGGGUGCCUGUAUCAACGAGGUAAAAGGCAAAGUUCAGGACCUAAUCCAAAGACUCCAAGCUGACAUCCCUGGCAUCCGAAUGGCUGUCUUUGCACAUGGUGACUACUGUGACAAACACAGUUAUAUCACGAAGCACAUUGACUUCUCAACAGAUGUAACUGAGUUGUGUAAUUGGGUGAAAACUGUGGGUAGCACUGGAGGCGGAGACGGAGAUGAAUGUUACGAACUUGUAUUACAGGAGGUUCAGUCUCUGUCAUGGACUCCAGGAUCAAAGAGAGCAUUGGUGAUGAUUGGAGAUGCUGAUCCACAUGAACUGGGAUAUAAUUAUGGCGGGAAAACAUACAACAUUGAUUGGAGGGAUGAAACCUACAAACUUCUGAUGAUGAAUAUCAGAAUAUAUGGAGUACAAUGUGCUUACUAUGGUUCAAGAAAAGAUUUCUACAACAAAAUUUCCCAAGCUACAGACGGAAAAUGUCUUAAACUUGCUGACUUUGCAAACAUGUUUGACUUUAUGAUGGCCAUAUGUUAUAGAGAACACGAUGAAACUCUUUUACAGAAUUAUGAAACAGAAGUUCGAGCUAGAGGGACCACUAUUAACAAAGACUUAGAAGCUUUAUUUGGUAAACUAAGACGUGCAGAUACAGAAGUCAUGGAUACAAGUACAUCCGUCCCGACAGCUCUUACAAAAAUACCGUCACUGACAAAGCCACCAUCAGUUAAAAUCCUGAAACCAAGUGAAAAGACAACGGUUAAAAUCAUAAGAAAACCACGUACAACAAGGUUUAGAUCUAAACAUGAACGAUUGAUGGAUAGACGAAAUCAGGAACGUUUGGAAAAAUACAAGUUGAAAAAUCUACCAAAACUAAGAAGAGAAAAUGUUCCGGAGUCAAACUUCAUGCUUAAUGAUGCUCCUUGGUCUAAAUGGCAGCUAGCAGUAACACCAGACUUACCAGAAGGAACUGAAUCUAAGUUAUGGGAAAAGAGGCGUGGUGAUUUAACAGGCUUCCGAAGGAAAGAAAUAUGUGAUGGACAAUAUCAGAAACCUGCACUGUAUGAAUUCGCUGUACAAACAGCUGAACAUUGCAAGCGAUAUGUUGUGUACUGUAAAUGUAACAAAGGUUUCAUGUUGGACAAAGGAUCAUGGGAGUCGCGGCUGUUGAAUACAUCAGACGUUAGAACAGAAGUAGAAGAUGUACUCAAGAAAGGUUUUCGUUUGUUUGUAAGACGUUUCCCAUUAAAGAAAACAUGUACAACAACAAACAAGAUGACCGAUCUUGGUCACUACGAUUACGCUUGGAGAGGUCAGCGAAAAGAAAGGACAUCCCCUCGUGUUGUGGAAUACAAACUUUGAUCUGUUAACAAGAGACAAGGGAUCAUUUGUAAAUAAUACUCAUUUCAUUAUAAGGAUCAAUAAAUAUUUGAUGGUACCAGAACUUUAGACGUAUUUGAAAUUAAUGUAUUGUCAUUUAUUUAGUUUGUUACAAUUGUUGUUGAAUAAAAAUUGUUGAAGUA